AUGGUACCGAGUUUGGGAAGUGGAAAAGCCACCAAUAAUGACUACGAUCCUCAUUUCACGGAUAUGGUUAUUGCAGCGACUGGUCCAGAUGCUCACUCUCGAAUGGCUCAGAUUAUGCCCAGUCUAUUGAGACAUCUUCAUGACUUUGCGCGAGAGGUUGGUCUCACAGUUGCCGAGUGGACGGCAGGUGUUGAAAUGAUCAACAAAGCCGGCCUAAUGUCCGACAACAAGCGUAACGAGACACAGCUAAUAUGUGAUGUGCUCGGGCUUGAGUCCCUCGUCGACGAGAUCACAUCCAAGGUUUUACAGCAUCAAGGCUCAACAGCAACGCCCUCAGCGGUCCUCGGGCCCUUCUACCGCGAGGACGCUCCCAUCCUGGCCAACGGGUCUAGUAUCGUCGGCCCCAGUAUAGCACAGGGCUGGAACGACGCAGCUUCCAAGUUGCUCACCCGCAUUUCUGGGCGCGUCCUCAACGCUACCACCAGGAAACUGAUCCCCAAUGCUAUCGUCGAUGCCUGGGAGGCGGGUCCCAAUGGUAUGUACGAGCAACAGGAUACCACGGGCACCCAGCCCGAUAUGAACUUGCGGGGACGCUUCCGCACCGAUGAGCAUGGUCGAUACUCCAUGGUCUGUCUCCGACCUACGUCGUACCCGAUCCCCUUCGAUGGUCCUGCCGGGCACUUGUUACAGUUGCUGGACCGCCAUCCGUACCGUCCCGCGCACAUCCACUUCAUUGUGACCGCGGAAGGCCACCGAUCGCUGACGACACAAAUUUUUGACGGAGAGGACAAGUACACAAGGGAUGAUGCCGUGUUUGCGGUAAAGGAGGAGCUGAUUGUCAAGUUUAAGGAGGCAAAGACGAAGACUACUAAUAGCGUCAAAUGGGAGCUAGAGUACGACUUCUACCUGGGAGAACUCUAG